AGGGUGCCUGAAGUGUGGGGGUGCUGAGGCUGAGGGGCCUGGGUGCAUGUGUUUGGGGAGGUAGGUGCAGGCAGGGUGUCUGCCCCCCUGGCCAGGGCUGGGGAUCUGAAGCAGGGGAGAGCAGGGCCCUCAGGAGCACCAGGCAGCAGGAUGAGUUCUCUGGGCAAAGCCAGCAGCAAGUACCCCCUGCACGUCUUGGUGUGGAAUAACGACUACCGGCGGCUGGAUGCGGAGCUACGAGAGCAGGAUGUUGAUCAACGGGAUCCACGAGGCCGGACCUUGCUGCACCUUGCUGUUUCCUUGGGAUACAUAGAGUCUGCCAAAGUCCUCCUUCGACACAAGGCAGAUGUUACCAAAGAGAAUGCCCAGGGAUGGACGGUUUUGCAUGAGGCUGUCAGCACAGGAGACCCAGAAAUGGUACACAUGAUUCUGCAGCAUCGGGACUACCAGCAAACCUCAAUGACACUUGGAGGGGUUCCUGAAUUACUCCAAAAGAUUAAUGAGACUCCUGACUUCUACGUGGAAAUGAAAUGGGAAUUCACUAGUUGGGUCCCACUGGUUUCCAGAGUAUGUCCAAGUGAUAUCUGCCGCAUCUGGAAAAGUGGUGCCAAGCUUCGAGUUGAUAUCACGUUAUUAGGCUUUGAAAAUAUGAGUUGGGAACGAGGAAAACGUAGUUUAAUUUUCAAGGGAGAAGAUACUGGAGGCUGGGCAGAGCUAAUUGAGAUAAACCAUGAUGAUAAGGUUGUCACAACAGAGCGUUUUGAAAUCUCCCAACAAAUGAAGCGUUUGACAUUGGGCUCUAUGACUCCAAAAAGGAAGGAUGUGGAAAGACGCCUUACAUCUCCUAUUAUUAAUACUUGCCUUGAUACAAAAAACAUUGCUUUUGAAAGAACUACAUCUGGAUUCUGGGUAUGGAGGACAGAGAAAGCAGAAGGUGUAAAUGGUUAUGAAGCAAAGGUCUAUACAGCAAACAAUGUGAAUGUAGUAACGCGGAUCCGAACAGAGCAUUUGACGGAAGAGGAAAAGAAAAGAUACAAAGCUGACAGGAGCCCUCUGGAAUCCUUCCUGGGUACAGUGGAGCAUGAGUAUGGGGCUCAGGAUCUCACCACCGAGUAUGCCACAAUAAACAACCCAACUGCCAUUACUCUGGAGGAAUACUUUGAUCCAGAAUUUGAGCUGAAAGACAGAGACAUAGGAAGACCCAAGGAAGUCACCAUUAGAACACAAAAGUUUAAAGCCACGUUGUGGAUGAGUGAGGAGUUCCCCCUUUCUCUUGUGGAGCAGGUCACUCCAAUCAUUGAUCUGAUGGCCAGAACUAGUGCUCAUUUUGCUAGACUGAAAGACUUCAUCACUUUGGAGUUCCCACCUGGAUUUCCUGUCAAAAUUGAAAUUCCCUUAUUCCAUGUGCUGAAUGCUCGAAUUACAUUUGAAAAUGUCAAUGGUUGCAGGACAGCUGACAAAACUUCAUCGCAAGCUGCAGGAGGUGAUCAGUGUGAUCUGGGCUCUAAUUUUGAGGUUGACCAGUCUGUGUUUGAGAUCCCCAAAUCUUACCAUGUUCAAGAUGAUGGCAGAAACAUGCAUGUGCAAGAUGAAGAUAAUGAGAUAAUGCAGUUUGCCAUUCAGCAGAGUUUGUUCGAGUCUGCUGCAAAUAAAGAAGCUUUGGGAAUGCACUCCAAUGGAGCAGUUGCUUAUUCACCGGAAUUUAAUAUACAGUAUCAGAGGGCACUGCAGGAGAGCUAUCUCACAAGUAAUCCACACUCCAGCACCCCUGUCGUGCCUUCCAGUUUUGACAAAGACUUGCAGCUUGCCAUGGAGUUGUCUGUCAAAGAACAGGAGGAGCAGGAGAAACGGCGCCGUGAGGAGGAAGAUGCAGAGCUUCAACAAGCUUUGCAGCGUUCUCUCCUGGAAAAGUAGGCUCUCCCAUGGAUCUUCAGAAAUAGGGAUGGCCAAACUGACAGCCACAGCAGCUUGCAGCCUGAGGGUCACUCAUGGGUAGCAUCGGUCAAGGACAUUCUCACCACCUUUGUCAUGUCUUUAUGAUAGCAAUGUGGCUCAGAAAGGCUUCCAAUCUCUGCAUGCAGUUCUCCAUCUUGAUCCAAGUCCCCAGAGUAUGGUGCAUGAAGAUCUAUAGUUUCUUUAGGCUGCAACCUCCAUGAUUCAAGGUGAAAGCAGCUGGAGAACUUGGGGAUCUGCAUGUGGCUCCCAGACAACACUGUCCUGACAUUUCUUGAAAGAGAAGAGUUGCACUUAAAUAUAUUUAUCCAAGAACAGCUGGAGACUUGGUCUGGGAUUGGGAUGCAGAAGUGCAGCAGAGUUUCACAACUCACUGUGUGGGGAGAUCAGAAGGAUGAUUUCCUCAUCACCUACCAAAGAAAUAUUAAUUUACUUUGUCUCUUCUGAGUAACUCAAAGCCAUUUGCUGUUUGUCUCUUCCAGUUACCAUAGGGAGGAGAAUGUGAGCAGUACACUUUCAUACUGACAGGUGUUUUCCAUUAGGUUUGGAUACACAAGGCCUAGAGAAAUCUCUUUUCUUCAGUUACUGACAGUUUAACAUGCAGCUAUGCUUAUUAAUAGGGAUGAUAUUUAAACUUGAAAGAGUUAAUCCAUGUUAAAGGGACUCAUUCAAGAUUAAGCCAAGGCUUUCUUGCCACAGGCAAAACAGGUAGCUAAUAGAAAUUUUAUAUGGUAAAAUGGGACCAUCUGUCAUAGUAGCAGUUUCUCAUGAUUCAAGACCAGCUAGUUCACACAAUCAAAGAGGGCAGCAGGAGAAUACGUAAUAGAAAUAGGUGCUUUUUAAAGAUCCAUUUUGUUAGUUUGUGCAGGCUGAAUUCAUAUGGCAAGAAAUUAGAUGAAAUUUUGACGUACACCUAUUAGUAAGGAAGUUAAUAGUUCUUUGUCAUCUGAAAGGGAAAUACGUGUUGCUUUUUUAAAUUCAAAUGUACAUCCUUCAUGUGAAUACAUAUAUUUUUUUAACUAAAUCUUUUUAUUGAUUUUAAGACAAGCCAGUACAGUUACUCUUAAAAAUGGUAUCAACAACAAUACAGGAGCAUAUUUUAGCCAACUUCUCUCAGGUCUUUAUUCAUAUUGUAUAUUUUUAGCUAUUUUGUUUGCACUUUGCUCAGCGUACACAGCAUUUGUGCUGUGACUGUCAAACACAUGUCAUCAAUACAUACUGAACACCUUUAAUGUCUUGGUGUAGUCAAACAUAUUACUGAGCAAUAUUUGCUACUUCUGGCAGGCAGAAGUGCAGAGAGCCUAGGGUAUGUGUGAUUUGAUUCUGUACUUGUUACUCAGACAAAACAAGGCAGCUGGAUCAGGUUCCGUGUGACAGACUAUUAUCCAGUAUAACUUGUGAUAGGACAGACAUGACAGUCAGUGGUAAGAGUUAGUUGGUAACUUCAGACUCUGUUUUAACCUUCCUAAUCAUCAUUUCAGGUAACAGUUUUACUACAGUUCCUCCUGUGUAUACUAGGACUCAUAUAAUCAGCACCAUGUUCUUUCCAACUACGCAGCUUUCAAUUUGUAAAACUAAUUUCAUCUCUAAGUAGCAUAUUUGGUAUUGGCAAUUACACUGUAAGUCAUUUACUUUAACCAUAGGCAGCAAUAUACAUUGGAAUGAUUGUUCGUCUCUUGGAAGAGAAUUACUGUGCCAUUCACAGCUGCAUAAAAGGGACUAAGUCUUGUGUUUGUAUUUUUGACAAGUCACAAAGUAUCAGAUAAAUUUUCCACCUCCUUAUGCGGAAAUAAAAGCACUACUCUCUUUGAAAGCA